UAAAAAGGAGAGCAAAUGUUGAUAUCAAGCGUUUCAAAUACUUUGACCAACAACAUGAAAGAAAUGGAUGUCAAGCGAAGUGAUGGGAGUGAACUACAAAUCAACGACAGAGUAGCUUCAGAAGGACACUAUGGAAGUGUCAAAUUCAUUGGUACCUUACCAGACACAAAAGGAGUUUGGAUCGGGGUUGAUUGGGACGAAGCUGAGCGAGGUAAACAUGAUGGUAGUCAUAAUGGCCAGAGAUAUUUCAGUGCAAGACACCCUACAUCUGGGUCAUUCGUGAGAGGGAAGAAACUGGAUCUGGGCAUUAAUUGUUUUGAUGCUGUUGUGGACCGUUAUGGUAAAAUUGAUGACCCCAAUGCAGGAGUCAUAACAGAAGAGCUGUUUGUUGUGGGCAGCAAUCAGAAGAAGACAGUGGUGGAAAUGGUCGGAGCCAAAUCAGUCAAUGAAAAACAGAGUAAACUAGAUACCUUACAAGAGGUGGUUCUGAGAGGAUGCUUGGUUUAUGGUGUAGGAGAGAGCCCUGAAAAGCUAAGCAAAUGUACACCCCAGAUACAGGAGCUGGAUCUCUCCCUAAAUCUCCUACCAUCAUGGCCCAGAUUAGCAGCUAUCUGUAAAUGUUUACCCAAUCUCACAGAUUUAAAUGCAAGUGAUAAUCGUCUGGAAAUGCCUACUGAUGUGACAGAAUUGAGUGAUUCUUUCUCUAAUGUGAAAGUCUUAAAAUUAAACAGAGUCCAUUAUAAUUGGCAACAGUUGUUGGAGUGCUGUAAAGUCUUUCCAUGCCUAGAGCAGCUCCAUGUGUGUUUCAAUAAUCUAUCAUCUGUACAUUCCCCUGGGAGUCAACUGCAGAAUUUAGUACUCCUCAACCUGGAAUCAAACUGUCUAGAGUCAUGGGAUCAAAUUCUACAGUUGGAUAUUUGUUCAAGGUUAGAGAGUCUUAUUCUGAAUGAUAAUAAAAUCAGCAGUAUCACUUUUCCUGAUGCCAGUUUAGGAAGUAAAACCAAGUUCUUUUCAAACCUGAAGCACAUCUACAUCAACAACAAUAGAAUUUCACAGUGGAGCUGUAUAAAUGAAAUGAACAAAUUGAAGAGUUUUGAGGACCUGCAGAUACAUGGAAACCCUAUACAGGAGACAGCCUCUCCAGAGACUGUCAGACAGCUCAUCAUAGCCAAAGUUGCCAACUUGAAGAAAUGUCAAAGAACAGAGGUCACUAAUGAAGAGAGAAGAGGUGCAGAAAUAGACUAUCUGAAGAGGUUUGGUGCGGACUGGCUGAAAUCAGGAGGAAACCAAAACCUGAGGCUGAACAGUCCCAACCAAGAGUUCCUCACACAGCAUCCCAGGUUCCAGCACUUUGUCAAAGUAUAUGGAGCCCCAGAAAGUUCUGAAAUGAGCAAGAAGCCACAGAAGCUAAAAGACAGUUUGAUAGAAAUUAAAAUUGUUAACCCUGAUGAUCCGAACGUCAAAUCUCUACAGAAGAAACUGCCAGGAACUAUGACUGUACAAAAACUAAAGGCUUUGAUUCAAAGACUGUAUAAAGCCGACUCGGAAAUCAAGCUCUCCUACGUCAGUAAAAAGAUGGAGGGCUGUGAGAUAGACUUUGACAAUGACCUCAGACCACUGAACUACUUUUCUAUAGAGGCAGGAGACACUGUUUAUGCUCGAUGGUCAUGAUGAAAGAAAUGGACAUUUUGUAGGGCUUUAUUACAUUUCUUUGUCCAUUCAUUCUCGUUGCUUUCUCUGUGAUAUCUUUUUUUUAUUAUGACAAAAUUUAAUAAAAUGACAAAAGACAUUUUA